CCUCGUUAGCUUGCAGCAGUAAAGUGUUUGUUGGUUUGGCGCUACGAAGUCUGCGAAUCCGUCCACGAUGCGGACUUUUAAUGUUACAUGAUUCAACUCGUCAACCGCACGCCGCGAAUACGUACAUAAAAGGACAAGUACCCAGCCAGCCACCUCGUCAGUCAGAAAUGUCCAGAUACCUCGCCGCUCAACCUCAAUAACCAAACCAACAAGCAAGCAAAAUGGGCGAGCACUAUCCUCGACCCCACACCCUCCCCUUCACAACCCUCGACGUCUUCACCAACACAUCCUACUCUGGCAAUCCUCUCGCCCUCAUCCGUAUCCGGACCGCCCUCUCACCCCACCUAUCACAAACUCAAAAGCAACUCAUAGCCCGUGAGUUCAACCUCUCGGAAACAAUAUUCCUGCACCAACAAAAAGUUCCCUCCAUCCCCGAGUGGAAAGUCGACAUCUUCACCACCGACGCCGAGCUCCCAUUCGCCGGGCACCCAACAAUCGGCGCCGCAGCUUACGUUCUCUGGCUCUCCGGCGAGAGAAGAUGGGAUGCUGGAACUCUUGUCACGAGAGCAGGACGGAUUGCUAUCUCGCUGAAUGGUGAUGGAGACGGCGUUAAGGCGGAGAUUCCGCAUAAUGUGCAUAUUCAUAGACAUACGCUUGGUGAUCUUUCCCAGCCGAUUUCGGGGUUGAGCAGCGAGGAGGAGUUGAGGGAUGCGGAGCUCAACGCUCCUAUUGUCUCUAUUGUAAAAGGAAUGACGUUCCUCCUGGUUGAGCUGGCAAGCUUAGAGGCGUUGGGAAGGGUCAAGUUACAGGGACAGAGUAUUGAUUUCCAUGGUGUGUUGGAUACGGAGGAGGGGUGGGGCGAGAGUUUCGUGGCAAAGUAUUACUUUGUUGUUUUGGAUAAAGAGGUGAGAGGGGAGGAGGUUGUAAAGGUCAGGACGAGGAUGCUAGAGGUGGGUAUGGAGGAUCCAGCGACGGGCAGUGCGGCCAGUGCGUUGAGUAGCUGGCUGGCGUUAAGGGAGGGGAGGAGUAGGAGUUUCGAGGUCACGCAGGGAGUGGAGAUGGGGAGGAGAAGCGGGAUUGGGGUUCAUGUUGGCUUGGAUGGGGCGGGGAAGAGGGUGGCGAGUGUGAGGCUGAGUGGGUGUGCGGUUGUGGUUAUGGAGGGGAGUCUAAGGAUUUGAGCUUAAGGAACAUGAAGAGGAGCAGAUGGGAGUCUUGGGAAUGGAGUUUCUAUUCGAAACGUUUGAAGUAAUGGUUGGUCUCCCUUCGGCGGCGCGUUCGCUUAGCUAGUAUUGGAUUGACGUUGAGUAUGAUGCAGCCGGAGAGAAUAAUGCUGGUGUGGAGGGAGGUGGAAUGAAGGAAGGCAUUGAGUUGAUGGGGUCAAGUUGAAUUUCUGGGGACUUGUCUCUAAAAAUACCGAGCUCGAUUCCUCCCACUGCACAAACUUUUGUGGUUUACUCGGUGCUUCUGAAGUCCAAAUGUUGGCUGGAAGCCGAUGUACUCGGAGAUGAUUUAGCGGUGGUUGAGUGACACUUUAUAGGGGCUAGGAAAGUCAUUGGAGAAGUGGCUGAAGCUGUUGAUGCCACUCACUGAGGGCCAAAAUUCGACGAGGCUUUUGUUUUGUUUUCAAUUUGGCCGCUUCAAAUAGAA